AUGUCUAGUCUACCUUCAGAUUCAGCGGAGGGUUUUAUUAUAUCCCAUGACAGCAGAUGCAAUUCGUCCCCUGUAGCGCUGGGAAAUCUGAGUCGCAGUCGUUGCUGUAGGAGAACUUUCAUUUGGAGUCCCGACGCCUUCAAUCAGCUAAUUCCCGUAUCUAUCACGUCGGCCCUGGUUUUCGGUGUCGUCUUCACACUGUGGAAUGAUUUGGGAGUCGCUGAGUUAGUUUUUCUUUUCUUUUUACUUUCCAUCGCCUACACCUCCGCCUUUAUCCUUAGCUCCUCCGAUCCGGGCGUAUAUCCACGCCUUCGGUUGAGUGAAGUCGACCCACUGCGGGACCGGAUGGAAUUAGUCUAUUGCCGCGUGUGUAAUCUCCGUCGCCCCCCGCGGACAUCACAUUGUUACGAGUGUAACGUUUGUGUACGAGAGCAUGAUCACCACUGCGGGGUGUUGGGUGGUUGCGUCGGGCAGAGGACUAUGCGUUGGUUUGUAUUAUAUCUAAUAUCUAUUAGUGGCGCGUGCAUCCUUGGGUUACUUUGGCUCAUCCGUGGGCUGCUUAGGUUGGGCCCUAUGGUGGUGAUGCCAUCGACCAACUCUUCGACCGUUAGGAAUGUCAGUGAUCGUGGGGCAGCUCCAUCGUCUGCCGCUUACAAGGGUGAAGAUGUGAAAGCUGCUGCAAUUAUAGUAAUGUUCAUCAUUCUUGUCUUGAUUACCAUGCUUGUUGGAGGUUUAGCAGGUUAUUAUCUUUAUUUGGUUGCAACGUCUACCACCCGUCGGGAAGCGCAGAAGAGGACGCCACGAACGCAUACCAGCUUUACCCUGAAGGGAAUGGUGAGUAAUGUGGUGAAUGUCAUUUAUCCACCACCCUCUCUGUUGAUUGAGCCAGCGGGCGCAUCCGAUGUUCACAUGGUAUAG